AUGUCCAAUCACGGAACCACUCGAGAUACUUAUGGUCCAGGUACUUUCGCCGACGCGGACUACCUUCCGUUGGUGCCUGAGUGCCACCGGCUUCUCAAGUACUUUUCCAAUGUCACUCCCGGCUUCACUCAGAUACAUCUAGGCCAUGUCAGAUUCCACGGCCAAGAGCUUCCCAUCUUGCCUGGGCCUUUAAAGUCCCAAGCCAUGGCAGCAGUGUUUCAGGCCAUGAUAGGCCUUGUCGGAAAAGAGAUCUCUGAGCUUAGAGAUAUCGAAACAGGGAGCAUCUCCAUCGACGCCGAUAAGGCGGGUCUCUACCCUGCCACGCCAGCCAUCCUGUCAAUCGACGGCAGAACCUUGGCACAGAUCCAGAAGGAUGGAACAUUGCUCAGAGCCGGUAAAGAUCUUGAUCGCAGGGUCCUUACAAAGAACGACAUGCAUUUCCGAUCUUGGGCCAUCUACCCAACCAAGGAUCCUCAGGUCUGGUACCAGAUCAUGGGUAAUCUUGACCCUGCGGGGUUUCUUCGCGCCUACGGACUCGAUCCAACACUCGAGACGUCUUCGCGCACUGAGGCGUACGAGAUAAUAAAGGCAGAGAUGGUCAAGUACUCAGCCGCAGAGCUUGAACAGAAAAAUAUGGAACAUGGUUUCUGCGGUCAAACCUGUUAUUCGCCUGCACAGUGGCGGGAAACUUCCAUGGGGAAGAGUCUUGACAAGUACCCUGUCGUCAAUUAUCGGCGAACAAACCUUGGUUCAAGUCUUCCUCCUGUCCCUUUCUCUACAUCACAAACAGAUCUCCGCCCUCUUGCUGGCAUCAAGGUAGUUGAACUCGCCAGGGUGAUUGCUGGUCCUGCUAUGGGCGCAGCUCUCGCAGCUCUGGGGGCAGACGUCAUCAAGGCUCUCAGUGUGUCUCUGACUGCUGGAAAGAGAACGUAUUCCCUAGAUCUUAAAGUCGAGUCGGAUAGGCAGAAGCUGCAUGAGCUUAUUGGAGAUGCAGAUGUGAUCAUCCAGGCCUUCCGUCUGCGCUCUUUGGAGCGCAAGGGGUUUGGUCUUGAUGAUGUGCUGAGAAUGGCCGAAAGGCGAGGCAAGGGCAUUGUUUAUGUUGACCUCAACUGCUACGGCCCAGAUGGCUACUACGCCGAGAGGCCAGGUUUCCAGCAGAUUGCCGACGCUGCAUCAGGCUGCUCCUACGUGUGUGGCAGAGCCUAUGGGUUCGAACCAGGCACGAGUGUUUUGCCUCCUUUGCCCAUUGCAGACAUGCUCGCAGGCGCUGUCGGGGUUAUUGACACGAUGCUGGCUCUCCGUGACCGAGCCAAAAGCGGUGGAUCGUAUCAUGCGACGGUUGCCCUCACUGCUAUUGAUGCCGUGCAGCUCAAGCAGGAGGUCGGUCUCUACUCGCCUAAGAAUGUCAAGAAGAUCCAGGAUACGUACAAGUUUGCGCCCAUGACUCCGGAUCUGCAUGUUGAAGAACUUCUCUAUAUCCUGAGCGACUCCUGGGCAAAGCACUCGGACAUUCUGAACAGGGGAUACAUGGUAGAGUUUGAGACGGUUUGGGGCAAGAGUCAUAACAUUUUAUCGCCCAUUGUUCAGUACGAGAACGGAAGUGUAAGCCCGAGAUGGACUCACGGACCUGUCCCGUACUGUAGCAGCGAAAAUGUUGCCUGGGCAUAA